AAGAGCGAGCGAAGCAGAGGAGUUUCCGUUAUCCAUUCUCUCUCUCUCUCCCCCUCGAAGAUCUUCUCUCUCCCGGAAAAAUAUCCACACAAAUUAGGGUUUCUUUGCGACCUUCGUUCCUCCAAUUCGAUUUCCAAGUCUUCAAUCAUGGUAACUGAUUCGAUCACCAAUGCUUCAAUUUCCUUGGCCCCAAGCGCCCGGGAUUUACCCUUGCCCAAGAAGAAGAGGGUCAAGAAUUCCAAAUUGAAGCAGUCCAAGCUUGAUGUUCGUCGGGAACAAUGGCUUUCUCGAGGUGCUGUAAAGAACAAAAAAUGGAACGAAGAAGACAAUCGCCUUGAUUCAGUGGUCAUUAAAACGAGCAAAGACGAUAAUCUUUCCUCCAAGAAAAUAAAUAUGAGGGAAAUAGGAGGAGACAAUGGUGGAUCGGUUCACCACGACAGCGAUUUUUCGGAGUCGCCGUCUAACAGCCCCCCUAGUCUUGCCAGUAGUAUCUUGGGUGGUAAUGAUUCCGGUCCUCAUUUUACUGGGAGUAGCAGUAGCAGUAGCUGCCGUAGCAGCUCUAGCGGUUGUCGCUCAGGGAGUAUAACGGAGGAGGAAGGAGAUGAUGAUGGCUUGGAUGACUGGGAGGCUAUUGCUGAUGCUCUAGCCGCCACUGACAAGCAACAUGAUCAAUGUUCCGAGUCUUCCCCUAGGGGUGAUGCUGUUUCUCAAUUGGAUUCUUGCGGAGAUAGCAGAAAUGAGUUGGGUGUUGGAGAUGGUGACUCGAAAUUAGAAUGUGGGAGAAUUGCGCAGAGGGCUCCAAUGAGUUGCCGAGCAUGGAGGCCUGAUGAUGCCUUUCGUCCUCAGAGUUUGCCCACUUUAUCGAAGCAGCUUAGUUUACCAAAUACAGACCGGCGUUAUGGAUGUGGAGGCAUCCCUUGGGCCUGUGGUGGUGUUAUGUCUGUGCCUACAUCUUGUCCAAUUUGCUUUGAAGACUUGGACCUUACAGACUCAAGUUUUUUACCUUGUUUCUGUGGAUUCCGGCUGUGCCUUUUCUGUCACAAGAGGAUUCUUGAAGAGGAUGGGCGCUGUCCUGGGUGCAGGAAGCCAUAUGAGUGUGAUCCUGCCGACAGUGAGACAAAUGUACAUGGUGGCAGCCCGACGUUACCAUUAGCUCGUUCUUGUAGCAUGAUUUCAAGGUCUUAGGUAGAGUUCAGUUUCUGCGAGUUAAUGUACGUCUGGUCUCACUUCUUUUUGUGUCUCUUGGGUAUUAUGGUAGUCUUGGGCUCUGAGUUUCAUAGAAAUAGAUGUGUGGCAUUUGGGCAUUGAAGCAUGGUUAUGAGAUUGAGAACCUUUAAACUGAUCUGCAUCGUACAUGAGUGUGGUUCUUAUCUUAUCGUACAUUUGCCAAUGUAGAGGACUUAUUUCGUACUUGGUAUGUGAAUAGACGAGGUGGUAUAGAAAUGAAUACAUGGAAUAAUGAUAAACAUUUAUUUUUUCCACUUUUUAUUAA